UUCGUCUCAGAGCAAAUGACGUGCAGGGGAGCAGCAGCAGCGAGCAGGUGAAAUAAAAACACACCGCGGAGUGUCUCACAGUUAAUCCAGAAUGACUGAGAACGACGUGGAGAACGAGCUGUUAGACUAUGAGGAGGAUGAAGUAGAUGCAGCAGGUGGCGUCGGGGAUGGAACGCUUGCCGGUGACAGUGGUGCCAUGACCAUAAGAAAGGAGGGGGUCAAAGGCUCUUAUGUGUCCAUCCACUCCUCAGGGUUCAGGGACUUUCUUCUGAAGCCUGAGCUUCUGAGGGCCAUAGUGGACUGUGGCUUUGAGCAUCCGUCUGAAGUCCAGCACGAGUGCAUUCCUCAGGCCAUUUUGGGAAUGGAUGUGUUAUGCCAGGCUAAGUCUGGUAUGGGGAAGACAGCUGUGUUCGUGUUGGCUACACUACAGCAGCUGGAGCCAGUGACUGGGCAGGUAUCGGUACUGGUAAUGUGUCAUACCCGAGAGCUGGCGUUCCAGAUCAGCAAAGAGUAUGAGCGCUUCUCCAAGUACAUGCCUGCUGUCAAGGUGGCAGUGUUCUUUGGUGGAUUGUCUAUAAAGAAGGAUGAGGAGGUGUUGAAGAGAGAGAGCCCUCAUGUGGUGGUGGGAACUCCUGGCCGUAUCCUGGCCCUGUCCCGCAACAAGAGCCUUAACCUGCGACACAUCAAACAUUUCAUCCUGGACGAGUGCGACAAGAUGCUGGAACAACUUGACAUGCGCCGUGACGUCCAGGAGAUCUUCCGCAUGACCCCUCACGAGAAGCAGGUCAUGAUGUUCAGUGCCACCCUGAGCAAAGAAAUCCGCCCCGUCUGCCGAAAGUUCAUGCAAGAUCCGAUGGAAAUAUUUGUGGAUGACGAGACCAAGUUGACUCUGCAUGGCCUGCAGCAGUAUUACGUCAAGCUGAAGGACAACGAGAAGAACAGGAAACUCUUCGACCUGCUGGACGUGCUGGAGUUCAACCAGGUGGUGAUCUUCGUGAAGUCGGUGCAGCGCUGCAUUGCCCUCGCUCAGCUGCUGGUGGAGCAGAAUUUUCCUGCCAUCGCGAUCCACAGAGCAAUGCCCCAGGAGGAAAGGCUAGCUCGAUAUCAGCAGUUUAAGGAUUUUCAGAGACGAAUCCUUGUGGCCACUAACCUGUUCGGCAGAGGAAUGGAUAUCGAAAGAGUCAACAUUGCCUUCAACUACGACAUGCCUGAGGAUUCUGACACAUACCUGCACAGGGUGGCGAGAGCAGGCCGGUUUGGGACGAAAGGUUUGGCCAUAACGUUUGUGUCUGAUGAAAACGAUGCCCGUACACUGAAUGAUGUUCAGGACAGGUUUGAGGUGAACAUCAGCGAGCUUCCAGAGGAGAUUGACAUAUCAUCCUACAUCGAGCAGACGCGGUAAAGGAGAUAAGCGGUGGUGAAGAAGAGGCGGGAGAUGGUUCGGGAGAGCAGCUUUCAGUAGCUUUGCAUUUCACAUCGACUGACUGUUACAGUGAAGUUUAGCUGAGGACGUAUAACUGAUAGAAAGCUAUAAACCCUGCGUUUAAAGGGUGCUUACAUGCUUCUGAUGUUGUUUGAUGCUUUAUUAUUAAUGACUCUUGUUCAUAUCGAAGUGUUAAAAGUGAAAGUAUGUGUUUGUAAAAGAUUAUAUUUACCUUUUUGAGAAGUGUUUCAUUUCUAAAUUUGUUCUGUUUUUUUUUUUUUUUUCUUGGGCGUGUGCUACUGAUUCUAUUUUUAUUAUGGAAGUGGAAGAGUGGCUUCAUUUCCUCUUUUUUUCGUUUUAUUUUUGUUGUGUGUUUUUUUUUUUUUUUAGUUUUUAAGAUUUUUGAAUGUUUGGGUUGAGACACUGAUUCUGAUUCAAUCAUAUAAAUGAAGAAAUGCAUACAUGUAAAGUAGUUAAAUACUACAGUGUUAUAAUUAGCUCUUGAUAAAGGCAUGUCUAAGUGAUGGGAAUGGGAAAUAUGAAGAAAUGUAAGGUAUGAAGUAGAAAUACUACAGUAAUUAGUAAUGUUCUGUAUUUGUUGGAGGUCAGAGACACUAUGUUGUUGUUUGAUGAUUCACAGCAGUGUUUGUUCAGUAACUCUUUAAAUGUACAUGUUACUGUGUUGAAAUGACAGUAGUACUGACACUAUGCAUUAAAGGUGCAUUAUGUAUUGCUUUAUUUUCCGUUAUGUACUUCCAAACCUCAUCACAUGGUUACAUUUAAAAAUAAGAAACACUUAUAACAAUAGCUCUUUUUAUUUUGUACAUUUUUUAUUUUUACAAAAGUCUUGACUGGCAUGACCACAAACGCACAACACUACAACAUACGAAUUUUAACUUAUUUUGAGUUUACAACACUUUCAGUCUGCACUGAAAGGAAAUAUAAAAAACCCAUUUAUUUUCACAUAAUGCACCUUUAAGACUUUUGGUAUCUGUAGUUCUCAAGCCGUUUUCCAGUAUUCAGAAACUAUGACUGAAUUUCAUAAAUAAAUCCGAAACUAAAACUCUG